AUGUGUACUGAUGAUGAGAUUGUUGCGGCAGUCGCCUCUUUGCGCUUCCUUGAGCCUCCCCAGGCUCUGGACCUCGAACCAGCAACCUUCGACUUCCCUGUAAGCGACUCAGAAAUUGCAGAGCGCCCAUUCUGGGAGAAAAAUUGGGAUUGGUUGGAAGCCGCGGAGCAUCAAGCGACUGCUGAAGAUUUGAAAAUCCGCCAGACCAACGACGUCCUCACGGCACCGACAGAGCCUGUGGUUUUUGUGGAUACUAAAAAAAAUGAAAGGAUCCCACUGACUUUUGGACGGAUCAUUGCCUUAGCUGGUGACUUCUAUACCAAUCGUGAGCCAACAAAGGGAUCUGAAAUUGGUCUGGACUAUGCCCCUAUCUGCGGCGCCUUGCAGAAGUCAAAAUCUGCGCCACUCAAACGCUUUGAAAACGCCGUGAAUAGCUUGCUCCAGGACCGCGAUGGUUACUUGGCCCAAAUCACAAAGUUGCUAGAUCAUGAGCAUCGCACCGUGGGGCACGCCAGAGAGCUGGGGAAAAGUGUUUCAAAGACAUACCACGAAGGGGGGAUCGAAGAUCAUUUCGACCCCGAUAAUUGCAAGCUCCCCGGCGAUAAGGAAUAUUUUGAUGCGUUGAAGGAUAGUUGGGAGAUUAUCCAGCACCCCAGCUAUAACUUGAUGCUGAGUAUGUACGCUUGGUUGGCCUUCACGAAUGUGGAUCAUUUUGGCGAGGAUGCUGUCAAAGCAUACUGCAUUGGCCAUGCGUCUGCCAUGAGGCUUGCAGCAGAGGCACACAACGAACAAGACGCAACCAAAAAAUGCCAAAAGCUGAAAGAAGCUUAUGUUCAUGAAGCUUUUGCCGCCCAUUAUCUGACAGACCUGUUUUCUUCCGGUCACUUACGUCCUGCGCGACGCUACUUGCAUACACAGGAUCGUGUAGAGAUGGCAGCCGCAGGUGUGAUGCAGUGGGACAAGCUUGGUGGGAAGCCAGAAGUUCCCAUCUGGGAUUAUCAAGGACGCUAUAUGCAUGACGAUGAUUGUGCAACAGGCCUAUUAGUGCGAAAUGGAAAUGGCGAUCAGUGGAUCGCAUAUGGAGAUAAACAAUUCUUCGAGCCCAAGAAUGCCGUGAAUCGUGCAAGAGCUGCUCAUUGUCUUCAGGAGUCAGUAGACGAGGUCUACAAUAAAGGCUUCAAGCAAGGCUGGAAUCCAAUCCCAAAUGAUAAACCAGAGGAAGAGAAUAGUUGGGAAGAGUAUUCCUCGUCUUUUGCAGCCAGGCAACUGAUGCCUCUGCCCAUGACAGCGCUGAAGUCGAGCAACUGGAUUAAGGCAUGGGACAAUUGCGAUGUACACAACCCAGCGCCACUAUGGGUAGCUGGCACCCCGAAUAGUCAAGACCGCGUUCCCGACCACGACUUCACUCUACGCAAGGAUGUGAAUGACCAUUCCAACUUCGCGCGUGUAGCUUCCAGCCCUGCUAGCGAGAAGUAUAAAUUCCCUCGUAUUCCUGGUAUUCCCUAUGAAAAUGAAGAUUGCAGACGAGUCCGAGAUGCUUCAUUCCGGGGGGACGAUCAGUUUGCACAACAGUCUGUGAUGGAUGGACUACUCUCGGGUAGCUUUGUGCAGGUUCAAGAUUUGAUCAGAAAUGUGGCAGCUCCGGAGCAUGGCAAGUUGACCUGCGUGAACUUCUGGAAUCCUGCAUUGGUUGAGAUCAGUUCCAAAACCCAGCAAACUUUCACUAUUCGAAAUCGUUCAAUUAACGCUGUUGAUCUCAGCGAUCUGCCUGACACGGCACUUCCUAUUCAUUGGGCGCUACAAAACAGCGUCGAUCUAACGAUCACCAUCCUCUACGGCUUUUAUUGGGUGGCCGACGAGGACAAGAAACACGCACGUAUUGCCUUUAACAAUACCAGUUUCCGAAGCUGGAUUGGGGGGAUGGGCGAACGACAGAAACUGAACCUUUCUGAGUCGUGGGAGGCCAGGGCUUUCAGAAGUAUGAACACGAUUACGCUUUCCAGCAAUCUCCCUGUUGGGUCAGCCCCCUUGACGCGUUUCCUCUUCGAUAAGUUCCUCGUUGAGGAAGGAGAUCAUUCAGAAAUCGUGUCUGAUAGAGACCUUCUGCAAAUUUUGGCUGUCUCGGUGUUGCCAGGGAAAAAGGUACAGAUCGCUAUCUGUGACGAUAGGCGCGUUAAGUGGCGCGAAUCACCUUUCAACACUAUCCAAUCCUUGCAAUCCCCAUGCUUUGGUUUUGCGAAGGCCUUUAACACAGGUCAGCACCAAAAGAAUCUCUUGCUUUGCAACGCCAAUUUCACGGGCGGAAAGUCAAAAUUGGAUCUCUAUGAGUACAAAUUUGAAGGAGCAGAUCCCGAGCAGAUCACUGUCAUUGACGCGCAUACCCGGCUGGAAUGUAAAAUCAACAGUGAGGAGGAAGGGGACUCCAGCGUUUUGGUUGGCGACGUGCUCGGCGUGGGCAGUGAUCAAGUUGUUGUCAUCAGUGGUGACUACAACAACCCAGAGAUGCAGCUAUACAGCCGAUCCAUGGAAGCUUCCACCCCGAGUGCAUUCACUCUGGCGGGACGUAGUGCAUUCGAUGAGGGUGACUACUGCGAUGACAAAUUGAUUCGCCCAUACCUUACUGCUCUCGUUCCAUCGUGUACAGGCAAGGGAUCGGACGUCCUUAGGAUCGCUCUUCAUCAGCGCAAGGAUGGUCGGAAGUAUCUUUACUUCCAUACUCAUGUCCGCUCAGCGACUACUGCUCCAGGUCCCAAGUCUGUGAUCUGGACACAGUACCGGUCCAGCGAGGUAUAUGACAAGUUGGCUGACAACAAGAACGGGCACUAUUUCCAUAUCAAAUUCAUUCCUACACGGCGUGAGCUUAAGUACAAGGGCUCGAUGACAACCGUCCCGGCUAUUUUGGAGGUGUUCAGUUGGUAUGGUGUACUCGGAGUGCGAAUGUUUGCGGCUUCUUCCCCCAAUGAGUGCGACUAUGAGUUGGAAGGCCAGCAACCAUUCUUAGGACAAACCUCUAUCGGGGCUGGACUGGGCUGCUCUGGUGAUUGGGGUCAAGGAUUCCUACCCUGGAACGAUAAGGAUCGCUGGGUUGAUUCCAACGUUUUCAUCCCUCUUCCAGGGUCUAAAGAAGUCCAGGGCUCCUGGGGAAUGACUUUGGAUGAUCAGGAUCGACAGCCUGUUAGGGGAUGGGAGGUGGAAAAACGACCUCAUUGA